CUCUGAUUGAAUAGAUCUCCCAGCAGUAUUAGAAUUACUUAACAAUGGCCAAGUAUAGUACUAUCAUCCUUGCUUCAGCCCUUUGCCUGUUGUCUCUCAUCGACAGCGCUUACAGCGAAGAAAAGGCAAAACUCCAGGUUGAAGGCGUAGUCUUUUGUGACAGCUGCCGCAUCCAGUUCAUCACCAGAAUCGACAAGCUUAUUCAAGGGGCAAAGGUGAAGUUGGAAUGCAAGGACCUGGACAGUGGUAGCAUAACAUACAGCAAGGAGGCCGAGACUAACGAGCAAGGAAGGUACUCAAUUGAGGUGGAUAGUGACCAUGAGGAGGAGGAGUGCGAGGUGGUGCUGGUGAGCAGCCCCGACGAGGACUGCAACCAGAUUAGCCACGAGUUACACCAACAGAUCAGCGCGAGGAUUAGUCUCACACAGCACAAUGGAAUCGCCGGACCGGUGCGCAUUCCCAACCCUCUUGGCUUCAUGAAGAAGGAACCUGCUCCUGAGUGCCCUCAGGUGCUCAAGGAGCUCGGACUCACUCCCGAUGGCAACGUUGCAUGAGUCCUCGAUCAUUUCUUACAUGCAUUAUGAAAUAGGAAUCUGCCUCUAAUUAGAGUUAUAUUUAAUAAAUGGGUUUCAUAU